AUGCUCCAGUCCAGCGCCCUCUUGGGCUUCGCCGCCGCCUCCUACCUUUUUGCCGGGGUCAACGCGUUCGGUGUGCAGAGUUAUGCCAACUUGUUCUUCGGGCCUUCCAAUGUCGUCGAGAACGACUGGUUCCAGGGUAUUGACUCUCGAUGGGCGAGAGAGAUGAGCGAGUACUGGGCAGAUCAAUUAAUAGAGACCGCUGUGACGAACAAAUCCUACACGGCAAAGUCUGGCGACAAUAAGGACUAUCUCUCCUGGGCUGUCUACCACUGGCCUGACUGCUCGGAUGUUGGCAACACGACUGAACUCACGGACGAAGAGAUCUAUGACCAGUGCACAUACGUCACGAGGGAUGGUCAAAUCAACCCCGACACUGAGCUUGUGCACGACAAUGACGCUCUGCAGAACAUGAGCAACAGCAUCUACCUUUCUGCUCUGGCCUACCUCCACACUGGCGAUUCCAAAUAUGCCACUCACAUCAACACCGCUCUCGACACUUUCUUCGUCAACGACGCGACGCGCAUGAACCCCAACUUGAACUAUGCCCAGGUCGUCCGUGGCCCCGGCGACCAGCUGGGAAGGCACACUGGUGUUCUUGAUUUGGCCUGUAUGGCCAAGAUUGCUAGCGGAGUGUCGGUGAUGAGGGAACUCCAGCCUACGGAGUGGGAGCAGGCCACAGAUGAUGGUGUCGUGUCUUGGGCUUCAGACCAGCUGGAGUGGCUUACGACCAAUGAGCUGGGUAUCGCAGAGAAGAGCUCUACGAACAAUCACGGUACUUUUUAUGUCAACCAAGAAUGCGCUCUCCACAUCAUUUUAAACGACACGCAAUCUUGUGCCGACGCGUUGAACGAGUUUUACUCGAUCGGACCAUUCCCAAACCAGAUUGACGCCAACGGUGACCAGCCUCUCGAGUCCUCCCGUACUCGUCCCUACCAUUACCGAGCUUACAACCUCAUGGCUCUGAUCACCAACGCCCAGAUGGGUGACUUUGUUGGUCUUUCGCCUUCUGCUUGGGAGAGAACUACCUCCUCCAACGCAACUCUGAUCGACGCCCUCACCUACGCCAUGGCUCAGAACUAUACCGACUCUGGCGAAGAAGGUCAAAUCAAGAUGCUCAACCCUGCGAUCGCUGCCGUUGCCUCCAAGUACGGCGACGACGACGGCACCUACGCCGCCUUCUUGAAGCAAACAGACCCCUACUUCCCCGGCCAGCCGUACUUUGCCCUCAACGAGGGCUUGAGCGACGCAGGCAUCAAGCAGGGUCUGUUGGAGACCACCUAUGGGUCUGUGCCAGCGCAGCCUACGGUCGGCUCUGGUGACCCUGAUGAUCUCAUCCACAGGAGAAAGAGAGAGUGGAAGCCCAGAGGUACUGGGUGGCCCAGCGCUGCGCCCACACCCGCUCCAUAG